UCAAAACACACCAAUCACCAAUAUAAUAAGGCCGCAACUCUUUUUGGCCCCUACAUUCAACUAAAAAAAGCAAAAAGAAAUCGUGUAGUGAAAUUAGAUAUUAGAUGGAAAUUGUCUUCCAUAGCACUUCAAACAGUCUAUAUACAAGCGUUCUACAAUUAUGUGCAAAUAAGCAAUGUUUUUAGUUUUUUCUUAUUGAUCUCUCCAAUUGUCGUCGAGUUCAGACCCGUUUUUUGUCUUCUGAUUUGGCUGAAACCGAGCGAUUGCCUGCGCACAAUGUUUUUUAUUGGCUUGAUAAAUAUGAAUAAAUAUACCAGCGUUCAUCAUAUUUUGUGUUGCAGAGGCAAAGCUUCGUUAUUACUUUUCAAUUGUUGCAAACAUUUAAAAUUCUACAACGACCGUUCGCAACGUGAAGUUAAAACGACGAAUUCAGGAAAAAUUCUUAUAGAUAAUGUCCGACUACGUCCUUCUUCCACAUGCCUUUCCGAAGGAUGCAGAGAGCGUUCUUCAAGAGGCCAUCAGCCUUGGCCCCAAGGUUGGUCCAAGGUUUUUGAACGACAACCUGCCUUUCGGUUGCCAGGUUGCGUUGGCCUUUAAAAACCAAAUAGAGGUUGAUGUCCGCGCAGCUCACCUCGCUCUCUGCACCCAACUCUAUAACCUACUGGCUGCUCGCCAUGGAAAAGUCAAAAGAGUGGCCGCCUCGGAAGCCUCAACGCGCACCACCAGACAGCUUGACUAUUCAAGUCUGUCUCCAUCUGAAGGUGCCGUCAUGAGAGCCGAGCCGAAAUCGGCAAAACCAGCAUCUCUCGCAGCCUUCUGCCUUCACAACAACAUCAACACGUUCUUCUGCAUUAGUACGGCUGACCUGGCACUUGUUGUGCGCCGCGCUCAGCUCAAAGAGAACAAUCGUGAGCGUCAAGAGGCUGAAGAGCAACAAGCUCGAGAGGCCAAGAGAGCCAAAGGCCUUUUGGCGAGGAUCUUUCAGUGGGUCCGCGGAGGCACCCGCGCAGAGCAUUAGAGGCUUAAGAGUUUGCAUUGAGCAGUAAAGUUACUUUGAGUUCUUUAAUUUACAAGUUUUUGCUUAUUUCCCAGCCUCCUGGAAGAAAAAUUUGUUGCUUAAAUCCAUUUAAAUAACUAUUUUUAAUUGUUCAAUAUAAACACUUCAUAAUUAUUUCUAUCUUGAUAUCAAUUUUAUUUCAGUGCGCAUAAUACUAAAGUAAAGGCCAUUUAACUUUUUAUGUGAGC